CCAUUUACAACUUGAACUUUGAACUUACAUAUACAAUUAUUCUUAAGCUUGCUAUUGAAUAUUGUUGGGUCAUUCCGGUAUUCAAUCUUCUUUUCAGCAAGGAACUAUAAUAUCCAAAAAAAAAUCUAUUAAAUCAAUAAAUCAACCAAUAUGCCGAAAGGCAAGUGGAUCAACAAGAAGACGGCCCAGCACUUUACGCUGGUCCACCGUCCACAAAAUGACCCCCUCAUUCACGAUACCGACGCACCAUCUAUGAUCCUAAACCCCACUUCUCUUCCCAAUGCCUCCAAAGUAAAAAAGCUCGACGAUCUUGCCUCUGACCUAGGCAUUGAUACCGAGCGCAUCCGCGAAAACGAAGGAGAAGCUGCCAGCUAUGGCGUCUACUACGAUGACACCGAGUAUGAUUAUAUGCAGCAUCUACGAGACCUUGACUCCGGAAAUGGUGGCGGCGAAGUAGUCUUCAUCGAGGCUGAUAAUGGAGUCAAGAACAAGGGCAAAGGGAAGCAGAAGGAGAGCCUGGAGGAUGCUUUAAAGAAACUCGACAUGGAGGGCGAACAACACAAGCGCGAUGAGCUAUUCGGCGAUGAUUUCUUACCAUCAAAGAACCUACAACAUCUCACCUACCAGGCGCAGCAAGAUGUCCCCGAUGUCAUUGGUGGGUUCCAACCUGACAUGGACCCACGAUUGCGCGAAGUGCUGGAGGCAUUAGAGGAUGAGGCAUAUGUCGACGAUAGUGACGACAUAUUCCAAGAGCUAGCCAAGGAUGGCCGUGAGCUGGACGAAAUCGAGUUCGAAGAAGAAUUUGAUGAGGACGGUUGGGAAUCGGAUGACACUGCCAAGCCGAUCAGGGAGUACAAGACCGACUCGACUGACGCACCGGACUUAGUCCCUGUCGAUGAAGAUGGCGAGGGUGGCGUGACAGUUAAAAAUGAGAACUGGCUUGACGAGUUCAAGAAAUUCAAGAAGGAGCAAAAGCCAGCCUCGAAGCCUGUGGCGCCGUCGCACUCAGACCUGCAAUCGCUCAUGACCACUACCACCAACGGUGGCCGUCGAAAGAAGCGUAAGGGUGCGCUGACGAGCGAGUCAGGGUAUUCAAUGACGUCUUCAUCUCUUGUCCGCACAGAGCAGCUUGGAAUCCUAGACGCGCGCUUCGACAAGAUUGAAGAGCAAUAUAACGAGGACGACGAGGAUGAUUUCCCCGAAGACGCCUCCAUCGCGCAAUCCCAGAUCUCCACCACAUCUAGCGUAACAGGGCCCAUGCGCAACGACUUCGACGGCAUUCUUGAUGACUUCUUGGGUGGCUACUCGAUGCACGGAAAGAAGCACGUGAAGAAGGGCAAGUGGAAGAGCGGCACAGCCGAGCUGGACGAGAUCAGGCGGGAGUUGGGCCCGGCUAGGGUCCGCGGUACUUACGGUGUUAAAUCGCCGGCUUCGACCCGGGGAACAGCGUCGGCGUCGGCGUCUCGAUGAAGGAGAUCAAAAAAAAAGGGGGAACUGAAUCAAUGUGUUGCUAGAAUAGAAUAUCUAGAGAUACCCACGAAGUGAAUGAACAAACACGCAAAAUAAAUGUCCUACUUGCCUAGAUACC